AUGAGGGGUGCCUCGCAAGCCUUCGGCGACUCUUUGCGGGCUUUCCGUGCUGCCCUGGAAAGGGCAACUGCGAACGAAGUUGAAGCUUCGUCGGACGCUGCAGGCAACGACCGACUGGUAUACGUUACCAUGGUGUACGGCCGCAUGAACCGCUUCAUCAGCGGCUGGGCUCUGCGGGCCAAGACCUUGGGCAUCGUGAACCUGGUGUUGGCGACGCUGGAUGCGGAGGCCUACGAACUCUGCCAGACUCACCACGUGCCGGAACUCUGCGUACGUGCCUCCGUGUCGGUGCUGAACAAAUACACCUUGCUGCUGGUGGCACUUCAACUGGGUCUCGACAUCAUGUGGCUGGACUUCGACAUCUUCCUGGUGCGACAUCCAACUUCGGCGAUCACGCGGGCAGUCCAAGACUACGAGCUUCUCAUGGGCUACGACCUUGAUUCCGACUGCCUUUGCAACGGAUUCUUCUACAUCCGUGCCCGGCCGCGAACUCACCGUUGGCUCUUCGAGCUCGUGCGGUGGCUCUACGACCAUCCCUACGAGCAUGACCAGCGAGCGAUGGGCGCGUUCCUGAACUACACAGAGAAGAUCUCUGCCGAUCUGGAGGAGCUCCCGGCCGUUCCGUCCUGGCACGUCUUCGAUGAAGAGAAUAUCUUCAUCAACUAUGGCUCCUGGCUGGGGGACUUCAAUCAGCUGACCAUCGUGCACUUCGUGGAUGGCAGCGCAUUCUCGCUGUACGGCCGGCCAUCUUGGGAUGCAUCGAUCCCGACAGCGAAGACACCGGCAGCAGCCGAAGGGGAGCAAGCAUCCAGUGCUUCAGCGAGCUCUACUUUGGACAGCUUUUACCGCCCGGAGGUCGCGUCCUUGCCACCCUCUGAGCUUUGGCUUGGAGCCCCACAGGUGUCGGCGCUGCUGCAGCAGCGCAUCGUUCCGAAGCCCGAGCAGAAGCAGAAGUGUGGCAUCCUGCCGAUGGUGGUCUCCGCUCACUCUGGAUACGGCUGGCUUGCAGAGCAUGGCUCCAGAAGCUUGCCGCCGGAGUGGCAUGCAGCCCGAAGACUGCCAGUGGAAGACGUCAGCUCAUCUCACAAGCUCGGCGGGAAGGUUUAA